GAGUCGAGGCGAGACAACGGAUGCCGCUAUUGUGAUACAACUCAGGUACAAGAGCUUCAAGGUACAAGUACAAGUGCCUCGAUCCUCGAUCCUGGUGCCCGUACUCGUACAGCGCAGAGCCAGAGCCUAGCGGAGGAGGUGAGACAGACGUGCAUGAGAGGGGAAACCAAGGGAAAUUAUAACAAGACAACAGGCCAAGAGGUAAAAACGAGGCGAGGAGUGUACGAGUACUGUACCUAUGAGAGAGCAAGCACUGCAGUACAGGGCAGGGCAUACCGGGGCAGCCUUGGACGGCUCGAAUGCGCCAGCCAAAUCACCAGGUCCACCGGCCAAUUCAUGCUGGAGCCGCAGACAGACAGACACAAACACAGACGUAGGCGUAGACGCAGACGCAGACGCAGAGUCGCUGACAACAUGGAACCGUGUAUGCACAUGCCGCCGCCGUCAUGCAGGUCCCCCAUAGCCCAGACAGGGCUGCUUCGGUAGGUUGUUGAUUACAUGUAUGGAGUACAAUGCGGUGUACAGUACGGCGCAGUGGGAAUACAAGGAAAUAAAUGCUACCG